UAGACCCUUCCUCACCCUCACUUUUAAAUAACCAGAACACACGCUGCUGACUCCCCCAACCAUUCCCUCUGCAAGUUUGCACCGUCUUUCUCACUCUCUCUGCUUCGUCUCUCUCACUAUGUAUCGCCUCGCUUCAAGCCUCGCUUCCAAAGCUCGGGUUGCUAGGAACAGUGCCCAGCAGAUUGGUGGUAGGUUGAGUUGGAGCAGAAACUAUGCAGCAAAAGACAUUAAAUUUGGCGUGGAGGCCCGAGCCCUCAUGCUCAAUGGUGUCGAAGACCUCGCCGAUGCUGUUAAAGUCACAAUGGGCCCUAAGGGUCGUAAUGUGGUUAUUGAGCAAAGCUAUGGCGCACCCAAAGUAACAAAAGAUGGUGUAACAGUUGCAAAAAGUAUCGAGUUUAAGGAUAAAGUUAAGAAUGUCGGAGCUAGCCUUGUAAAACAGGUUGCUAAUGCCACAAAUGAUGUAGCGGGUGAUGGUACUACUUGUGCUACAAUCUUGACAAGAGCUAUCUACACUGAAGGAUGCAAGUCAGUUGCUGCUGGUAUGAACGCCAUGGACCUCAGACGUGGUAUUAACAUGGCAGUUGAUUCUGUAGUAACUAACUUGAAGAGCAGAGCCCGAAUGAUUAGCACUUCUGAAGAGAUAGCACAGGUUGGAACAAUAUCGGCGAAUGGCGAGAGAGAAAUCGGUGAAUUGAUUGCAAAGGCCAUGGAGAAGGUUGGCAAGGAAGGAGUAAUCACGAUCGCUGAUGGAAAAACAUUGUAUAACGAGUUGGAAGUUGUUGAGGGCAUGAAGCUAGACAGAGGCUACAUAUCUCCUCAUUUCAUCACCAACACAAAAAAUCAAAAAUGUGAAUUGGAAGAUCCUUUAGUUCUAAUCCAUGAGAAGAAAAUCUCAAAUAUUAAUGCUGUGAUUAAAGUAUUGGAGUUGGCUUUGAAGAGGCAAAAGCCUUUGCUGAUUGUCGCAGAAGAUGUGGAAAGUGAUGCACUUGCAACACUUAUAUUAAAUAAGCUUCGUGCUGGAAUCAAGGUUUGUGCUAUCAAAGCCCCUGGUUUCGGGGAAAAUAGGAAAUCCAAUAUGCAGGAUCUUGCAGUUCUCACAGGUGGCACUGUUAUUACUGAAGAGCUGGGUUUGAACCUUGAGAAAGUAGAUCUGGAUAUGCUUGGAACUUGCAAAAAGGUCACAAUUUCAAAAGAUGACACUGUAAUUCUUGACGGUGCUGGUGACAAGAAGGAAAUUGAGGAAAGAUGUGAACAGAUUCGGUCAGCAAUUGAAGCUAGCACUUCUGAUUAUGACAAAGAGAAGUUACAGGAGAGACUGGCAAAACUUUCUGGUGGUGUUGCUGUGUUGAAGAUUGGAGGAGCUAGUGAAGCUGAAGUUAAUGAGAAGAAGGAUAGGGUUACUGAUGCCCUGAAUGCCACAAAGGCAGCCGUUGAAGAGGGUAUAGUAGCAGGUGGUGGUGUUGCACUCCUUUAUGCAGCUAAAGAGUUGGACAAACUUCCAACUGCUAACUUUGAUCAGAAGAUUGGAGUUCAGAUUAUUCAGAAUGCUCUGAAGGCACCUGUCCACACAAUUGCUUCUAAUGCGGGGGUUGAAGGAGCUGUUGUUGUUGGUAAGCUCUUGGAGCAAGAUAACCCUGAUCUGGGAUAUGAUGCAGCUAAAGGUGAAUAUGUUGAUAUGGUCAAAGCUGGAAUAAUAGACCCAUUGAAAGUAAUUAGGACCGCUUUAACGGAUGCUGCAAGUAUUUCAUCUUUGCUGACAACUACUGAAGCCGUCGUAGUUGAACUUCCUAGUGACAAGGAGACCCCGGCAAUGGGCGGUGGCAUGGGUGGCAUGGGGGGCAUGGAUUAUUGAGGGCUGCCCCAUUCCAAACUCACUAUAGAGGCCACAAAACUGGCAUGUAAAACUAGCAUCAGUAUUUAGAUUUGUUUGGAUCGCGAGUCAUGUGAGUUUUUUGGUCGGGAUCAGUGUGUAGGUAGAUCCUGUAAUACAGGACAGAGAAGUUGUUGCCGGGAAGAAUUUCAAACUAAAUGUACGCAUCUAAUUCUUUUCAAAUAAAAACUUUUCUUCCUCAAA